AUGGUGCGGGGUGCCCAGGCCGCCGUGUACGACGAGUACCUGGAGGACAGGAUGAGGGUCGUCCUCGAGGCCCUCGUGGAGUCCCUGCUGGUGCACAAGCCCGACGACGUGGAGAAAUUCUCCAUGGACUUCCUGGUCCAGUGGCACAAAGACCACGACCCGGAGCAGGAAGAGGUUCAGAAACUGCGCGCUGAGCGGGACGCGGUGUUGAGGCGGCGUGACGCGGCGAAGAAGGAGCUGGAAGAAUUGGGGAUGGACCCGGAGGUCGGCGAGCUCGGCGAGCAGGACGAGGACGAGGAGGAGGCGGCGGAGAUGGAGAAGAUAAGGUCCGCUCAGAACAGGAGGCGGCGCUCGGGCGUGAUGUCUCAGAGUAUCGACGCCCAGUCGCUCUCCGACUACCAGAAGCCCGUCUUCGAGAAGAGCGAGGAGGACGUGGUGAAGAUCAAGACUGCACUCAAGGAGAGCAAGCAGAUGCAGGGCUCUGACAUUCGUUGCGGGCUGGCGCUGGAGUUGCGCCGUUGA